AUGUUCAGCCUCCCUACCCGCCUCGCCCUAUCGCAAGCCAUCUCCCUCCCCCUUUCCGCACGCGCCUUCUCCAGCUCUACUCCAGCAGUAGCCCAGCUCGCCAAAACGCUGCUUGAAGACAAGGACCAAGGCCUCGGUUUCAUCCGGUCGAACCCCCGCGCCCCAAAACCGCGCAAGCUCGGCCUCACAGAGAUGCGUGGACCAUAUUACUCUGCAUACGGGACCCGACAUCUAGAGGAUGUGUUCGAGACGAUGGGGACACAUGUGGAUGGGCUGAAGUUCGCUGGGGGCUCGUUUGCGGUGAUGCCCGAGGAGAGGGUGAGGGAGAUGACUGAGGUGGCGCAUCGGAAUGGGGUUUAUGUGUCUACGGGGGGAUUCAUAGAGCAUAUCCUCACGCAUGCGGAUGUACACAGCGUGGUGGAUAGGUAUCUUCGAAAGUGCAAGGACCUCGGCUUCGAUGUCGUAGAAUUGUCCAGCGGCUUCCUCUCCUUCCCACCAGACGACUGGCUCCGCCUCGUCGAGAAAGUGCAGAGCCACGGCCUCAAGGCCAAGCCUGAACUCGGCAUCCAGUUCGGCGCCGGCGGAGACACGGAGGCCUCCGCUCUGGAAAUGACGGGCACGAGCGACCCGGCUAAGUUGGUGGAGAUGGGGAGGAAGUUUCUCGCAGCAGGCGUAGAGGUGAUGAUGAUUGAAUCGGAGGGGAUUACGGAGAAUGUACGGACGUGGAGGACGGAUGUGAUCCAGAAGAUCUUGAGGGAUCUGCCGAUGGAGAACGUGAUGUUCGAGGCUGCGGAGCCGAAGGUGUUUAAUUGGUAUGUGAGGGAGUUUGGGGUUGAUGUUAAUUUGUUUGUGGAUCAUAGCCAGGUGGUGCAGUUGGCGUGUUUGAGGAGUGGGAUUUGGGGGAUGGCGGAUACGUUUGGGAAAGUGGUGAGUUUUAGAGAUGGUAACUGAAGGUUUGAG